CUGGCUCUUUCGAGUGGUGUCAUGUUCAUUUAAAUUGUCAGUGCUUGAUGUAAUUGUUACCGUUGAUAUUGAAAUGUUGAUUUGUAUUUCGCUCCACUCUCAUGGACCAAUCAGAUCCAUAAGAGUGACCGAGGUUACUUAAUAGAAUGGAUGUGCCUGCGGAGUCUGGCAGUGAUGAACCUGGAGUUUUGAAAGAGAUUGACUGCUAUAUAUCCCCAGCUAUGCAGAAGCAAAUCCUAUUGCUUUUGUAUAAAAAUCGAGAGAAUUAUCACACACUAGAUAAUGAGUCAAUUAAAGAAGCUCGUAUUAAGCCGAAUCUUGAUUUGCUUGAAUUUGUUGUUGAGGAUGGGCGGAGUUCUUUUGUUGAAUCUGUUGGGGAGCAGAUAGACACAUAUUUACUUCGGUCAAACACCGUCGCAUUUCCGAGGACGUUACUGGGGUACUUUGUCAAUGAUGAAUGCCACUUUAUACCGCUUAAACGAGACUCUUUGGUUUUGGAUACGUGUAAAGAAGCAGCUAAAGUUGAUAAGACAAAUCAGAAUUCUGAUUCAUCAACUUCAACUCCUGUGGGUCCCGCAGCAUUCGUUUCUGCCCGUCUUAGGACUGCUGAUGCAAUUGCACUACGAGGUCCUAUGGCGAGUCGUCGUAAGCCUGCAGAUAGUGAUCCUGAUGUUAUAUUUCUGAAACAACAGGUCCAAGCACCAUGGUGCCCAGUACACUACAAACGAUUUAUUCCUAGUGAAGCCUUUGAAAGGCGUAUUCCUUUAUUGUAUCCAAAUGAUGAUAUGCCAGAAUUGACUAGAAAUCGUGUAACAGGUCCAAGUCAAGAAGAAUAUGUGAACAAUUUGUUAGCUUCAGUAACACCACAUGUCGUUGAUCGUAGUCGCACGGAGCCUGUUAAACUGCCUACUUUGGGAGAACUCAUUCAAACAAUAAUGAUAAAAGCACAACUUAUUCGAUUCGACAAGUUAGUUAUUUGUUUACGUGAACGCUUCAAAGAUCCACAUUCAGUUACUAAUACUAGUGUUUUGCAAUACUUACCGACUUUUGCUGUUCUACUCCGCGGAUGGUGGGUCGCUAAAAGUGAAAUACUUUAUCCUCCAAAUUCAUUCAGUGAACAUAGUGGUACACCAAAUACACUACUGAUUCGGGCACGUGAUUAUAUUAUGGCUGUAUUUCAUCGCGGUGAACAUUUAACUCGUAAAACUAUUUCAUGCAUGACUAAAGUGCCUACUGUUGAGGCUACGGAAAUACUGAAAUCUUUAGCUUGUAAAAUGUCGACUACUCAGAAAGGGUGUGCAAAUCAUUGGGAAUUUUAUCCGACCGAUUAUGAUUUUAUCAAAAAAUAUCCAGAUAUUGUACAACAACAACAAGUUGCUUGGGAAAUUCGCAUUCGUCAAUUAUGCACACAAUUAAAACUAGAACAUCUCGUAUCGGAUGGAGUUCGACGUAAACGUAAUCCUGGACAACAUUCUGGUGAAAGUGGUUCAGAUUCUGACAGUGGCUUCAAAUCACUUGUUUCAGGAGUACAUAUUUCAACCCCUAGUAAAAAUACAAAUCGUAAACGUUUACGUCAAUCAAGUGUAUGUCAUACAACAGAUACUGAUAAAGAUGCCAAUAAUUCAUUAAAACCACCUGAUCGGAAACGUGUACGAACUCAAAGUCUUUCAUCGAGUUAUUCUUCUGGUUUAUCAUCUCCUCAUUCUACUUCUACAAAAUUACCUUGUCUUCAAACAGAUGGUGUAUCGUCAAAAUUUUGUAUACCUACUAGUCCACCACCUGUGAAAAUAAAUUCUCCGAAACUAAAAGUAAAUAGUACACCUAUUUCUUCAGAUCUUCCCGAUAAUUCAUCAACUGCAUUAUCAACAAAUUCAUUUAAUAAUCAGACAGUUGGUUGCAAACUGGAACCUCCUACUCCUGAGGAUCGUGAUCCUGAUAUCCCUACUGCUGCUGCUGCGGCUAGUGUUACUGAUUCAGAAAUGAAUGAACUCAAGCUUAAACGUUCUCCAUCAUCCCAUGAUAUAUCUCAAUCAGCUAUCAUGGACAACGGUCACAAUGAUACCAAUAGUAAUACUGAAUUAUCUAGUCAAACAGAUCUUAUUAGUAAUCAUAUUGGUUUACCAUGUACACCUUUACAACCUGUUAAUGAUACUAAUAUAGACAAUAACGACAGUGUUUUGAAAUUUGACAGUGACAAUGAAAUGCCAGAAUUAUUAAUGAAUAAUUCAAUUAAUUUUGUAAAAAAUGUUUUAAAUACUCAACCAAUUGUAGCAUUGUCAGCAUUGACAAAAGUCUAUCAGCAACAGUUAGGUAAUUUUGAUGCAAACUUCUAUUCUACACUUUGGAAGAAUAGUCCACCACCUCCUCCAGGCUCUGAAAGUGAACGUGAAUUGUUAAAAACGUAUCUUUUGAAAGUUUUACAAACAAUUGAUGCACGUCAGUUAACAGUUUGUUGGCCAAAUAUACCAACAGCACUUGAAAAAGAACCAUUAUUUGUAAUAAAAGUAGCUGGUCCAGAAUGUGGAGCUGUCAGUGAAUCAAUAGCACAGUUCCGUGAUAUAAUCUUAGCACUUUAUGAAUCUUUGCCAAGUUUCAAAAUGAAAGAUUUACAAGAAAAAUGCCCAAUCUUUCCACCAAAAGGCAUGUCUGAAAAAGCUAUGCGAACAUUCAUUAAACAAUACUGUAUAUUCAGACAUGGGAGAUACUUUCUACGUUGUACUGUUUCUGACGAUUAAUCUUUUUGAAUAAUCACUUGAAAGAAUUCAAAUGGAUUAUUAUCAUUAUUAUUACUUCAUAUAUUGCUUACCUUUUGUAUGUCAUAUCAACACAAUUUGUAUAUUAUAACUUUCUAUUUCUUCUUGUGAAUACUUUGAAUUUUGCAAUAAAUUUAUUGCAUUGUGUAUACAGUUAAAUAUGUCUUAUUGUUUGACUUCAAUAUUUUUUGUUACACAUCUGGUAAGUGGGAAAAUACAUUUCGUAAGAAUCAGCUGAUUAGCGUUUCUUUUACUUCUUUGACGUACUUAUAUGUUGGUACGAUUGAGAAACUAAAGAAAUAAUCUUGGCAUCACAAAUAAGCAGGAUAAUACUGUAAAGAAAUAGAAGAGGAAAGAUAAGUAAAAUAUAAAAGAAAUAACUAGACAAAAAUAGAAUUUAGUAAGAGAUAAAUUUCAUAUUAAAACACGAUUAUAUAGGAUUUCUUCGAGUUGAAGGAGUUCAGUAGUUGAAAUCAUUAGUCAGUUGAAGCUAGACCACCAUAGAAAGCCUGGAAGCACUGAAUAUCCUUUUCGUCCUAGGAUGGGACUCAGCAUCCACGAUCCCGCUCCCCGCGAGGUUCUAACCCAGGACCUAUCAGUUUCGCGCGCACUGCUGAAGAGUCCCAUAUUAGGAAAAACGGUCGUCCAGUGCUCCCAGGUUUUCCAUCGUUUUCAAAAUGACUCAUGAUUUCAACUAUUGAAACUACUAAAAUCUCCACAAAACCCCUUCUCUUAAAGAAGUUCCUUCCAUUUUUAUGAAUUCAAAAGAAAACUAUAGCAGGAUUACCAUUAGGUUAACUGGUUAUCGUCCUACCUCUUUUACCCGAUCCCAACGCUGCCGUAUAAUACAUGGUAUGAAAGCUGCUGAGAUGACACUUGUGAAACAUAUCCAAACCGCUGAAGACAGUGUCGAAUCUCAGAGUCACUGGCUUUCGUGUCCUGAAUUGACAGAUACGUGGUAAUUCAUCCACUUUGGCUAUGAAUAUGAAGAGGUCAGGGAGUGUAAAUGUAGGCUGAUUAAAAGUCAAUUCAAUUAUCGUUGGUAUAGAACGGUAAAGAGGUCUUAACUGCAGUGGUAAUAACCAACGAUCGACAACUCUCAAGAUACUUAUUUACGAAACAAUCAGAUUGAGAUGAGCCCCUGACUCUUAGUGACUUUAUAAGUUUCAUAUCUAAUUGAAUGAGAGGAACAGUAUUAGGGAUUGAAAAAUUAAUCCUGGAGAUCUUUUAAUGGUGGCAGUCCAUUUUUAGCAGUUAUAUUGACUGUGAUAUCAAAUGUAAUCUGGGGACUCGGCAUUAUGUCAUCUGACCUCUCAAUGUCUGGUCGUUCCAGUUUAUAAAAAGGAACAGGGAUUUACAUGUGAUAAAUGUGAAUGGGUUAGUUCGCUUAAUAU